CUCCUGGCUUACCCAGUGCCCCCUCGCCUGCCUGCCGGACCCGCACUCUGCCUUUUGCCAAGCACUGAGGAUCUCCCUCCGCCACCACCCCCCCCGCUCCCCUCUAGCUGCCGAGUCACCCCCGAGACCCUCCCCGGCCGGGCCCUCGGGGCAGGCGCCCUGUGAGGGCAUAGACCUUCCCAGAGCAGGCGGUGGGAGCUGUUCUAUCCCCCGCCUCGUCCCCUCCUUCUCCCCGCAUCGCCCACCGCCGGGCACGGUGCUGGCUUUCUCCGGCGUGCCCAGAAACGGGAUCGCCGCUUGGGUUAUGCUGCUCCACCCCCUCGGGGCCGCUCGCCCGCUGUAGACCAUCCCCAGGUUGUCCAUUCCGUUGCUGAGAUUACUUCGUGGCUUUCCUCAGCGAGUUGUUGCAGAAAGGCUUCACCGGGCCCGUUUGCUUACAAGCAUGGAGUUCGCGGAGCUGAUCAAGACACCUCGAGCGGACAACGUAGUCCUGCACCGCCCUUUUUACCUGGCUGUGGAGGGGACUCUCUGUCUGACUGGCCAUCAUCUCAUCUUUUCCUCACGGCGCCAAGAUAACGCCGAGGAGCUGUGGCUGCUGCACUCCAACAUCGAUUCUAUCGAGAAAAGGUUUGUGGGCUCCUUGGGCACCAUUGUUAUCAAAUGCAAGGACCUGCGGAUUAUUCAGCUGGAUAUACCUGGGAUGGAGGAGUGCCUGAACAUUGCUAGCUCCAUUGAGGCACUUUCCACCCUGGAUUCUGUCACUCUCAUGUAUCCCUUCUUCUACCGGCCCAUGUUUGACAUCGUGGAGGACGGCUGGCGCUGCUUCCUGCCUGACCAAGAGUUUGAGCUCCUCACUUCUGUGACAGAUGAGUGGCGCCUGAGCUGCAUCAACAAGGACUUCUCCGUCUGUCCCUCCUACCCCCCGGUUGUGGUUGUCCCCAAGGCCAUAGACGACGAAGCGCUUCGCAAGGUUGCUCUCUUUCGCCACGGCAGUCGCUUCCCAGUCCUCAGCUAUUACCACAAGAAGAAUGGGAUGGUCAUGAUGAGAAGUAGCCAGCCUCUCACAGGGACCAACGGGAGGCGGUGUAAAGAAGAUGAGAAGCUGAUCAAUGCCACCCUGCGGCCUGGCAAGCGUGGCUACAUCAUUGACACGAGGUCACUGAAUGUUGCUCAGCAGGCCAGGGCCAAAGGAGGGGGCUUUGAACAAGAAGCACACUAUCCCCAGUGGAGGAGGAUUCACAAGUGUAUUGAGAGGUUUAAUAUUCUGCAGGAAAGCCUCAUCAAGCUUGUGGAAGCUUGUAAUGACCAGUCACACAAUAUGGACCGCUGGCUCAGUAAACUGGAAGCUUCCAACUGGCUGACUCACAUCAAGGAGAUACUAACUGCAGCUUGUCUAGCAGCACAGUGCAUCGACAGGGAAGGUGCAUCAGUGUUAGUCCACGGGACUGAGGGAACAGAUUCAACACUCCAGGUAACUUCUCUGGCACAGAUCAUCUUGGAUCCAAGGUGCAGGACCAUACGUGGCUUCGAGUCUCUGGUUGUGAGGGAGUGGCUGCAGGCUGGCCACCCUUUUCAGCAGCGUUGUGCCCAGUCAGCCUAUUCCAACAGCAAGCAGAAAUGGGAGGCCCCAGUCUUCCUCCUCUUUUUGGACUGUGUGUGGCAAAUCCUUCGUCAGUUCCCCUGCUCCUUCGAAUUCAAUGAACAGUUCCUCAUUAUGCUCUUUGAACAUGCUUAUGCCUCACAGUUUGGGACUUUUCUGGGCAACAAUGAAAAUGAAAGGUCUAAACUGAAGCUGCCACAAAAGACUAUGUCCCUGUGGUCCUGGGUAAACAGGUCUGAGGAGCUGAGCAAGUUCCAGAACCCUCUUUUUGAGGCCAACAGCCUGGUCAUCUGGCCCUCGGUUGCCCCGCAGAGCCUGCAGCUCUGGGAAGGUGUCUUCCUUCGGUGGAACAGGCCUUCCAAGUUCUUAGAUGAAGCCCAUGAAGAAAUGAUCAACAUUAUAAAAUACAACAAGGAACUUCAGGCAAAGGUUAAUGCACUGAGAAGGCAGCUAGCAGAGAUGGAAACGGAUGAGAGGAUGCAGGAGAACCUGUGAGCUUGGCAGGGCUUUGCCUCAGGUUCUUUCCUUUCCGCUCCCCUUUGUGUUGAAGACUGAACAUGGAAAGUGCAUGAAUUGCAGAGUCCUCUGGGUCCAGUUCUCCCACUGCUGAAACCUUCACUUCUCAAUUUAUCCCUCCCUGCUUUCUGGGAGGGGGUUUCUGUUUUGUUUACAGAAGGAACACACCACUGGGCUUAGUGUCCUCUCUUGGCAGCUUUUGUCUUGAAGUCGUGUACAGUGCCAGCAGAAGCUGGACCUCUUACCUCCACCCACAACUGUGUGGAUGACCAGGAUGGGCCAAGAGAAAGGGAUGUUUCAAAUGGAUUUGGAACGUUUCUGGUUUCAUUGAACUCUCUAAAUACUCCACAGGAUUAAAAUAGGAAGUUAAUGUGCAGUGAGGUGAAAGGAUUUGGUCUGGAAGCACCUCUUUUUUUUUGUCUCCAAGAGUAAGGCAGCUUAGUUCUUCACUUUGCCAGGGAAAAACCCAAACCAAGAAAACCAGAAAAUGAUGUCACCUAGCGGCAGGUUCUGCUUGGUUCUGCCUGGCACCACCUAGCUGCAGGUUGUGCCUGGUGCCACCUAGCUGCAGGUUCUAUCCAGUUCUGCCUGGCGCCGCCUAGCUGCAGGUUGUGCCUGGUGCUGCCUAGCUGCAAGUUCUGCCUGGCACCGCCUAGCUGCAGGUUGUGCCUGGUGCCACCUAGCUGCAGGUUGUGCCUGGCGCCACCUAGCUGCAGGUUCUGCCCAGUUCGGCCUGGUUCUGUCUGGUAUCACCUAGCAGCAGGUCGUGCCUGGUAUCACCUAGCUGCAGGUUCUGCCUGGUGCCCCCUAGUGGCAGGUUGUGUCUGGUGCCACCUAGGUGCAGGUUCUGCCUGGUUGAGCCUGGUGCCACCUAG